AUGGGGGCCGUUGCCUUCCUGUGGCCGCCCGACUGGGCCUGGGGCGUGGCCCAGGACCGCACUGCCCCUUGUGGUUCCUCAGCCGGCGUCACCAACCGAACAGACUUUCCUCUCAUGAUACAGACCGAAUCCUACUCCGUCAACCUAGCCAUCUCCUACGAUGAUGACGCCACCAGCAACUCCGACUUCACAACCAUCGUCGCUGGCAGCAAUUUCCCCGACGUCGAGCCCGGCCACGAGUGUUACUCUGACAUGUGCAGAGGUUAG